AUGGUCAAUGCAAUUCCACAUAAACUUCUUAAAAGAGCCAGCUUUUCUCAAUGUCCCCCACCUCCAGGGUCAAAUACCCCACUACCCAAACUUGAAGUUUCAAUUUCACCCGAUCCACCCGUCGCUGGACAAAAGGUUAAAUUUAGUGUUUCCGGAAAAUUUUCGAAAGAUAUCACCGAACAAACCAAACUUGGGGUUGCAUUUGUUGAUACGAAUCAAAAUCCCAUUGAACCUCCCACAGUUGUUGAUGCUUGUACUGGAAGUGGAUGUCCAAUUAAAGCUGGUGACUCGUAUAAUCAAACAGCGGAAGUUCCAGUACCAGACACAUUACCAAAUCAAUACAUUAUUGGAGUUGCUGUUGGAGAUUCCGAAAGUGAAGGUCUAGGCUGUGCAUAUACUCUAGUUAAAUAG